CAUGUCAGCCCCCAUAUGAACGUCUUACUGUUAUUAUCAUCAGGUUCUAUCAUUAAACAUGCGUCUAUUACUCAUUAUCUCGUGCAACAGAUCUGACGCCACAAUAACGAGCUCUUACCAAAGCAACAUGGCAUUGCAACACAAGGUUUAAGUCACCAAGACAGGUAUUGUUUGUUUAUGUUUAUGUUUAAGUCAGACAGGCUUUAGAGAGAUGGCUUUCCGAGCAGCUUUCAGCUUGCUGUCCACCCUGCGACGUCCUCUCGCGGUUCUGAGGUCUCUGAAGCAGCCUGGCCGAACACGGCCGGCUCAUUAUGGGAUGCAGCUCCGGCCGCUGCACGGCACUGCCCCCCGCUGGUCGGCCCGGCUGCUGACCGCUGAGGAGAUGUUCGGCAGGAGGUCGAUGCAGGACUAUCUGAAGAAGCUGGAGAGGGAGUAUGAGGAGAGUUUGCAGAAAGCCAACAGCAGCGAGUCAGGAGAAGGCCUGGAGGAAGAGCAGCUGAGAGCCAUGCGGACCAGAAUCCACCGGAUGGCUCCUCUGGUCCAGAGCCUCCGAGAGCUGGAGACCAACGAGGCGGAGCUGAGGGAGGCAGAGGCCCUCCUGACAGACGAUGACCCGGAGAUGAGGGAGCUCGCUGCCCUCGACAUCCAACAUGGCCGCCAACACGUCCAGGCUCUACAACACAUGAUCAUGGAGCUGAUCGUCCCUGAUGAGGAGGUCGAUCUCUGUGACCUGGUCCUGGAGGUCACGGCAGGGGUCGGAGGUCAGGAAGCCAUGUUGUUCACAGCUGAGGUGUUUGAGAUGUACCUCGGCCUCAGCAGACACCUGGGCUGGAGCUUCGAGGUCCUGGAGUACAUGAGCAACGACCUAGGGGGUCUCCGGAGGGGCUGUGCUGGUAUCAGCGGUCCCUGCAGCUACAAGAGGAUGAAGUUCGAGGCAGGGGUCCACCGCGUGCAGAGGGUCCCCAGGACGGAGAAACAGGGACGCACACACACCAGCACCAUGACUGUGGCCAUCCUCCCCCACCCCACACAGAUCACCUUGACAAUCCACCCGAAGGACCUGCGGAUCGAGACCACGAGGGCGAGUGGCGCCGGAGGCCAAAGUGUCAACACUACAGACAGCGCUGUCAGGAUAGUUCACCUGCCCACAGGCACGGUGGCAGAGUGUCAGCAGGAGCGCUCCCAGCUGAAGAACAGGGAGAUGGCGAUGAAGGUCCUGAGGGCGCGGCUCUACGCCUGCCGGCUGGAGGAGGAGACCAGCCGGCGCUACCUGGCCCGCAAGAUACAGAUCGGGACCAAGGGCCGCUCGGAGAAGAUCAGGACCUACAACUUCCCCCAGGACCGCAUCACGGACCACCGGCUGGGGCGCAGUGUGCAUCACGUCGAGGACUUCAUGUUGGGGGAGGGGCUUCUGGAGGAAAUGAACUCUGCCCUCCAGGAAUUCUCCAAUCAGGAGUCUCUGCUGGAACUCCUGGGAGAAAAUGUAUAAAACCCCUUAAUCCUAACCCCAACUUUAACCACUCCCCAUAACCCUAACACCAACCCUUAACCCUGACCCUAACCUUAACCCCUCACUAUAACCCUAACCCCAACCCUUAACCCUGAACUCUAACCCCUGACCCUUAACUCUGACCCCUAACCCAACCCUAACCCCUUUCCCUUAACCCUGACCCCUGACCCUAACCCUAUCAAAUCCUCAUUAGAUAACAUAAUAGCAGUAAUAUGUAAGGUCAUGUUCAAUGUCAGAUUACAAUCAGAAACGGUGUGUGAUUCAACAUGCUGCUGCACUGUCUGGGUCACCUUCUGUCAUGUAUUAAAACCACAGACUUGGCCUAAAGAUUUAACUUUACUCUGCUGUCUGAAUGUCUUCAUGGCCGACGGGACAAAGGUGAGACUCGCAUGUUGAAAUAAUAACAUGACUAUCGAUUAACUAACAAUAUCCCCAUAAUGGGAAUUUUGGCUAGUAGAUCAAAGGGUUCUUCAGGCUGGCCAAUAGAUCAUAGUGUUAUUCAGGAUGGCCAGUCGGUCAAUAUGUCCGCCAUAUUGGAGCGGUCGAGACCGUAAACAAAUAAGGAGCAGAGCUUCGGGUUUUCUAGAUAAACGGCGAUCUAACGUUGACAUUUCUCAACCGAUUCCAAGACGUCGUUUUUAUCCAAGGCUUAAUGAUGUACGUGGAGUAAAUCUUUACUGAUGAUAAACACCAACUAUAUUUAACAUGUCUUUAUAAUUUUAUUGAAUGAAUAGAAAAACGACUUAAUAGUACCUCUUCAGGCUGGCCAGUAGAUCUCAGAGUUUUCAGGCCGGCCAGUAGAUCACAGAAAUGUGCAGAGCGGUCGGGUGGAGCUCGGAGGCUAACCGAGCUAACAGCUGUGGAUUAUAUUUGUACUUUAUUUGAUAUUGAUCUGAUAUUUCUAUGAUGUUUUUAUGAUAUUUUGAGUUAGAGGACCGGGAGCAGCAGACAUUUAGACCCCAUAAUAUAUAGCAUAAUAUAUAAAUACAUAUAUGUGUAUGUAUGAUAUAUUAUAACAUAAUACUGGAAUGAACGGAGCGGAGCAUAUAGGUUAGUACACAGUAUUAUUAUAGACUUCUAUAGUAUAUACAAGGAUACAGUAUUAUUAAAGAGUACUAUAGUAUACCAGUACCCAGUAUUAUUACAGAGUUCUAUAGUAUGUAUACAAGUACACAGUAUUAUUGCAGAAUACUAUAGUAUAUA